UCUGGUUUUAGGCCUGGGUAUUAGUUUUCCGAAGUUUGGAACUCCCGGCUUUCUAUUCUUCGAUCUUCAAUCUUUAUAGGUAAUAACAGGACCGAGCGACCUGUAACAGCCGCUUCUGUUCAUGGAAUAAUUCCGAUUCCAAUUGUUUGAUUGCUUUCGGUUUAAUGGUUUUGCAGGCUUAGGGACAAAGAACAAAACAGCCACGCCAAUUUCAAUUUUUUAAUAGCUUCAAUUCGAAUUCCAGCUGCUUUAAUCCAGCUGACAACGGUUUAGCUUCCACAGGAUUUCCAAGAGUUUCUCAGUUUCAGCCCUCUACGGCUUCACGCUGCAAGGCUGCAGCAGUCCAGGGUGUCUAUUCCAGCUUCUCCACGAAGGUCAACAAGUCCAACAGUUUUGCACUUCAGGGUUAACCUAAUGGCUGAGUUGUCUGCACAAGCUCAGCCUGUUCACAGUACAUCAGAAAACAAAGAUGGGAUCAGAACGGACUCUGACCAAGAUGUUGCACAUAAUAAGACUUCAGAUGGCGCAAAGCCUGAAGAAACUGAGAGGAAAGCUAGGGUAGAUGCUAUUUGGCAGCAGAUGAACAAAGGAGUGCCUUCUAAAACUCUUAAUUCCAUGUUACAGAAGCAUAGUUCACCAGUCAAAUCAAGUAUGACUAAGAGUUCAAAAUCAUCCACUAAUUGGAUGACAGUGCUGGGGUUGGCACCAAAAAAGGCAGCAUCCCCUGUCCAAAGUGCAACUGAAAAGCAGCCAACUAAUAUCACACAGUUGGAGACCAAUGAAGAUGCAAAGAAGCUGGCUGCUGCUGCUCUUGCUGCGGCGAAGGAUGCUAUUUCUACUGCUGCUGCAUCUUCCAACAGGGGCAAAAUUGAGGUUUCUGAAGUUAGGGACUUUGCUGGAGAACAAGUAGAAGUAAAGAAGUACGUGGAUGCCAGCAGCUUAAAAGAGGGAGUAUCAGAUAAAGCGAAAGGUCAUCCAGGAGGGACAGUUUCUGCAGUUGAUGCUGUUCUUGAACAAAUAAGGAAGAAACAGAAACUUAGUGUGCUGGAUAAGACAAAGAAGGACUGGGUAGAGUACAAGGGAGAACACAAAGGUGUUGAAGAGGAGCUGGAUGCUUACAAGAAGAGCUCAAAUCAGUAUCUAGAUAAAGUUUCUUUCUUGCAGCGCGCCGAUUACAGAGAAUUUGAAAAGGAGCGAGAUGUCCGGCUUGCAAUUCAGGCCAAGAGGAAACCUGAUAUGCGGGAGGACUAGUGAAGGUGCAUUGUCGAUCAUAAUUUAAACUUUACAAGGGUCGGUGGGGUGAAUUUAUGUGUGUGCUCCUGUCUAUUCUGCUCACUCAGAUUUGGACUUCCAAAUGUGCUUUUUGGCUAUCCAUCCCCUUAGAUUCUAUGACAGUUUUGGAAGAAGCAAGAGCAAGAUGUGAUGAUCCAUUUAUUCCUUGGAGCAAUUCCUUUUUUUAAGUGGCGUAGUCGUUUUUUUAUCAUUUUCACUAUGUACCAAAAAAAUUGCACCAGUAAUCGGUAUCCUUUAUUCUCAUCAUUCCCAGUUCCCAACAUAUACCAAUAAAAUUGCACUAGGUCUCUAUUUUUCCCUCUCUACCACUAACUUUAAUUUGUCUUUAUGCCAUGUUUGGCAAUACUGCACACCUAUGUAGCACUGAUAUGG